AUGAAAUCAUCGACAGCAUGGCUAGCCUUGGGCGCGUUUGCUCCCGCUUCAGCCUCUCCACUUGAAUCCACCGACGAUAGCCAUGCCGCAGCACUCGAAGCCGCCGUGCUGUUGGCUCGCGCCGCUCCCGCAAAUCAGCCCCAUGGCUACACACCGCAGAAGGUCAAUUGUCCGAGCACGACGCCCUCUGUCCGCGCGGCAGGCCAGUUGGGCUCAGAAGAGACGCAAUGGCUCGAGGUUAGGAGGAAUGCGACCAUCGAGCCCAUGAGGGAUUUGCUGGGCCGUUUGAACAUUACCGGAUUGGAUACCACCCAAUAUAUCAAUACCCACCAAAAUAACGCCUCAGCCUUGCCGAACAUUGGCAUUGCUGCGUCGGGAGGUGGCUACCGAGCCAUGUUGAACUCUGCUGGUGUCGUGCAGGCAUUCGAUAGUAGGACACCGGGCUCCACGGGCUCUGGUCAGCUGGGUGGUCUCUUACAGGCUUCGACAUAUCUCGCGGGUCUGUCAGGCGGCAGCUGGAUGGUCUCGACCCUGUAUGCGAACAAUUACACCUCCGUCGAUGCCAUUCUCGCUCAAGACACUUCAGCAGACGACUCGGGUAACCUGUGGCAGCUGGAUAACAGCAUCUUUGAAGGUCCAGACGGGAGAGGCCCCCAAUUGCUAGACUCUGUGGGAUACUACGCUGCGCUACUGAAUUCUGUUUCGAAUAAGAACGAUGCAGGCUUCAAUACCACCAUCACCGACUACUGGGGUCGUGCUCUGAGCUAUCAAAUGAUCAACGCGACAGAUGGAGGCCCAGCCUACACGUGGUCAUCGAUUGCGGAUCAGGACUGGUUCACUCAAGGAACUGCCCCCAUGCCGUUGAUCGUAACGGACAGCCGCAACCCAGGCGAGGUCAUCAUUUCCACCAACUCUACCGUCUUCACGAUUACGCCGUGGGAGCUGGGAUCAGAUGACCCCACACUGUACGCAUUUGCUCCACUGAAGUAUAUCGGCACGAACUUCACAGACGGAGUACCGAGAGAGAAUGAGCAGUGCGUGGUCGGGUUUGACAAUGUCGGCUAUGUGUUUGGAACCAGCUCAUCUCUUUUCAAUGCCAUCCUGACCACUGUCAACGGGACGCAGACGUCUGGAUUUUUGAACACCGCUCUGCAAGAUGCUGUGGAAGGCGUCCUCACUGCUCUCGGCAGAGACCAGGAAGAUAUUGCAGACUGGGUCAACCCUUUCUAUGGAUACCAAAACUCGACCAAUGUCAAUUCCAUGGAUGAACAGCUCACUCUGGUCGAUGGCGGACUCGACGGCCAAAACAUCCCCCUCCACCCGCUCAUUCAGCCCGUGCGCAACGUGGAUGUGAUUUUCGCCAUUGAUUCGUCUGCAGACACGAACGGUACCGCAAACGGCACUUGGCCCACGCCCGAAUCCGCCGCCAACUGGCCCGAUGGAACGUCCAUCUUGACCACCUACCAGCGCUCGCAAAGCGACAUUGGAAACGGGACCGCAUUCCCCGAAAUCCCGUCCCGAAACACCCUCAUCAACCUCGGUCUUGCCUCGAAGCCCACCAUGUUCGGCUGCGACUCCUCCAAGUUCACCGACCAGAUCCCUCCUCUGUUGGUCUACAUGCCCAACGGCCCUUACGUCUACCUUUCCAACACGUCCACCUUUGGCAAACUCAGCUACAACGACAGCGAGCGCAACGGCAUGGUGCGCAACGGCUACAACAUGGCUACGCAAGGCAACGGCACCGUCCCCGGGUUCGAAGACUGGCCGACGUGCGUGGGCUGCGCCAUCUUGAGCAGAUCUCUCGAUCGCACGGGAACGACUGUGCCCGACGUGUGCUCGCAGUGCUUCACCAAGUAUUGCUGGAAUGGAACCGUGGAUGAUAGUACUCCGGGCACAUAUAUCCCGGCACUGAAGCUGGCGGAUGACGAAUUCAAAGUCAAAAGUGGCGCCGUCCGAUUCACUGGUAGUGUUGUGACUGCGGUCCUGGGUGCUGUCGUUGUAAGUCUAACGGUUUAG